GGCCAAGUGACAGUAGUCUGACCAUGGACUGUAGUGUAGGUAGUGAUUGUUGUCCGUUUCGAAGUAAUUAAUUACAUUAGCCGGGAGGGGUUUGCAUCCGCGAAAUGUCAAGAAAUCGAAGGCCAUCAGCUUCUUUGCACUAAUGACCAACGUUAGCACAGUAAAAAUCUAUCUUCUCUUCUCUUUCUCUCGCUAUUCUAUCCCUUUCACCGCACUAGCAAAAUCGAACGAGUGCACGUACAGGGUGGAGUAGUGCAUAUACUUACAGGACUUUCCCGACAUAAGGGUACAAAAGUAAAGAAUAGUCCAGAGAAUAAAAUAUGUCGAGCGAGUCAAACGUCAAAGGUUAUGCACCUCUGCCUCAGAGCAUCAGCACCGACACCGAGGAUGACGAGGACGAGCACCAUCCGCAUCAUCAGCGGCGCGAUCGUAUCAAUUCCAAAGAUGACGAUCGGUCCAGGACGAGUGAUGCAACGACGAUUUCUCAAAACGGAAGAUUCUAUCCUUUAGAUGAAACAAAAAAUACAGGAUCUAGGACAAGAAACGGCAGAACUUCUUUUGGAUACAGUAGCGAUAAUAUACCCAUAAUGAUACUAAAUGGACCAGGCCAGGAUGACUUGUGGAAGAGACGGGACAUGUCUCUGCUUAGAAAGUGUUGUCUAGUCUUCAGUAUUAUACUGUGCAUAGCUACGAUAUUAGUUUUUUUAUUUGUUAUACCUUGUGAUAAUUCAUCUAUAUGUUUAUAUUCAUCGUCUCAGCCAAAAACCUCUUUAUCUUGGGAUAAGGUGUUAAAUGGUGUUGAGUUACACGGAAAAAUAACAGUAGUUCUAGAUGAACCGUACAAUUUAAUAUUUUUGCUAAGAGGACAACAAUUUGGUGAUUUGGGAUCAACGAGUUGGGGUGGGAAGCAACAAAUUGACAAGAACGGUGGUGGCGUUUUGUCAAUGAAAGGGACCAGUGGCAUUCCUCUGUGGUGGGUCGCCUUACAGCGACUGCCAAUAGACAUUAGCUGCGACUUAAUUGAUACCGAUGGCUCUGGAAAGCCUGACUGCCUUGUAUCUUGCGAGGGUGGUCUAUUAGUUAGUAUUGAACCAAUAACCGGCACUAUACAUUGGAAGGCUGAGGUGCCUUCGACCUCGGAAUUGCCUCUCGUACUCUCUGAUUUGGAUGCGGAUAGAAUUCACGAUUUGAUAGGAGUAGAAUUAACAAACACUAGUCAGAACCUUGUAUUUUUGUCUGGAAAGACUGGAAAACUGUUGAUGCGCCGAGAAAUUCCUGAUUGUCAGUACGUCAAACUGAAUAGAAUAGAUUUUUCGUUUGUUUUGACUUAUACUUGUUACAACGGCGAUAAUAACCAAUCAGUAACGAUUUUACUGAAGAAUUUCGUAGAGUCGCAGAAUCUCAAGGAGAUACAUCGUCGUUAUAUACUGGACAGUACGCGAUCUCCAAAGCCAAUCUAUCCAAACCAGACGUCUCCAACCAGUUGGGAUCUUACAGCUCAUUAUCGUCUAUACGUGAUAAACAACAGCAGUGACGACUGCCCCGCUGUUGAUUGUCGAACAUCCGUAAAUUUGACUCUGCGCAACAACAUCAACGAGAGUAGUAUCUGGAAUCACACGAGCGCUUCAUCCUUCGUCACAAAGCCCGCUAUCAUUAAUACCACUGAUUUACCCUACAUAGCUGGCUUUGCUCUCAAAUUUUGGAGUUGGAGCCCAAACACAUUUUCUACUGUCAAGGAUGAUGCUGAGGAACAAAUUGUGCACCAGCAUAAAAUCAUGGAACGCGUGAGCUUUUUGUACGUUAAUCGCACAGAAGUGCACGAAAUGAAGCCAAGUGUGCAAGAGUUAGUGCAGCUGUGUAGAGGCCAUGACUGUCAACCCAACUUGAUGCGUCAGACGCGUUCGAUUUUAAUAGCCAAUCUGAAUGGAGUCAUGGAGCUUAUCAGUUACGGAUCGAGUUACAGCCAAACAGAAAAUUUGAGCAAAGCAAACCUCACGUCUCGGGUGCAAAUUGUUAAGCUCGAGCAAAUAUUUUGAGACGCAAUUGUUUGGUCCUUUAUAUAAAUACAUAAAAUAAAAUUUGACGCACGUUGUGUGCGACCGAGGCAUGCCGUUUAACCGAGCUUACUUGUGCUUUAUUAUUCACUAGUCCUACGCGAUGAAAAAGGAAAAAAUGUUUGAGAGCAUUAAUGAAAUUUUGUCUUUUUUGCUACCUCAUAUCUAUUUAUGACUUUUUUUUUUAUUGUGUAAAAAACCAAAUGAUGUAUUGAUCAGUUUUAAUUGUUUUCUUUAUUUGUUGAAAUGUUUUUAUUUAUUUUGUUAUCGCCUACGUUGUACGUACAAAAGCUUUUGAUGUUAAAAUGUAUGAUGUGGUGUAUAUUUAUUUGUUUUGGUCAGAGAUUUUUAAAUAAAAUUCUUAUGAAUUAAAGGUUUAUUGAA